UCUUUUUGGUUGCUCUCGUAACUCAAGGCUUCAAAAUUGAAUCUUGCCCAUGAUCGACAAAUUAUUCAUUUGUAAUUGUUUGAAUUUUGUUUCUCAAUUAAAAAUAAAGUUCUACUAUUUGUUUAGCAGCCAUAACUUUGACAAAUAUUUCGGCUUGGUUGUUUUCUUGUUCACCAGGUCGUGUAAAGGCAUAUAAAGGAAAUGGCUACUGAGAAGAAAGGAGAAGAGGAUCAGUCAGCCACUAGUGCUCCAGGUGUUGGAUUUAUCGGGAUGGCAGAAGAACAGUAUCGGAAAAUCAAGGAACAUGCAGAAACGUAUCCCUAUGUGUGGGCGUCGUAUAUUGUUGUGUACGGUGGUUUUGCACUCUGGACAACCUACAGAUGGAGAAAACUUCGUAAAACUGAGGACAGAGUAAGAGCUCUUCAAGAGAGACUUCAGAAAGUUGUUAAAAAUAAAGAGUCUGCAAGCUCCACUACAUCGGAUAAAAAGGUUCCCCAGUCUGCUGAAAAGACUUCACAAUCUGCUGAUAAAUUUUCCAAGUAAGGUUAUUUGUUAAUUCGUCGGCUUUGGUUUUCCUUUAACAUUAAUUCAAUUUCAGAACUGGAUUGAUUGCCCUUCCUCAAGUUGGGUGAAGUAUUGAAGAAAUAUGAUGUCGUAGAUGCAUGAUUUUCGGAAAUAUUUUUGGGAACUUCUUUUGUAGAAUCUGAGAUUUUGAUAUAGUAAAAUCUUCAGAAUCUGAGAUUUCUGAAUUUUGGUAUAAGUUGAUGUUAUAAAUUUUUAAGAAGAUUCCAAAAGUGUGCAAAUAGAGCAUCAGAAUGAAUUACAAGAACUAGAUGACUGAUCAGUUAUAAACGUUGUAAUCUUGGUAAAUUUUUGUUGAAAUUGAGCUCAAGUUGUAGAAGUGUUUUCCCUGUUUAGAUGAUCAUCAUUGCUUUUCAGAUAACAUGGAGUUUGUUUCGUGUAAUUUUCUGAAGAAGCUUGAAAACUAGCUAAUGAAUUUUUCUUA